CCCAACACCUUCAGUCCCCCAAACAGGCAUUCAGCAAAAGGAAAAACCCAGCUUCUCAUGGGAUGCUCCUCACUUUCCCACCAAGGUCUCCUGACUCCCCCAACACCUACUACUCUCCCCCUAUGGACAGGCUCAAUAUCUUGCGAUUUCUUUGGUUCUUUUCAGCUGCCCCCGUUCUGGCAGGUUACCCCAUUUGGUGGUCCUUGGCACUGGGGCAGCAGUACAGUUCAAUUGGUUCACAGCCAAUUCUCUGCGGAUCCAUACCUGGACUGGUACCUAAACAAAUGCGAUUCUGCAGGAAUUACAUUGAAAUUAUGCCGAGUGUGGCAGAAGGGGUGAAGCUGGGGAUCCAAGAAUGUCAACAUCAGUUCAGGGGCCGGAGAUGGAACUGUACCACUAUACAUGACAGCCUUGCCAUAUUUGGACCAGUGCUGGACAAAGCCACACGGGAGUCAGCCUUUGUUCACGCCAUUGCUUCAGCCGGAGUGGCCUUUGCCGUGACCCGCUCCUGUGCAGAAGGCAGCUCCACCAUCUGUGGUUGUGACUCCCACCACAAAGGUUCAUCAGGAGAGGGAUGGAAGUGGGGAGGCUGCAGUGAAGAUGCGGACUUUGGGGUCCUGGUGUCCAGAGAAUUUGCAGACGCCAGAGAGAAUCGUCCAGAUGCCAGAUCAGCCAUGAAUAGGCACAACAACGAAGCAGGAAGGGCGACCAUCCUAGAUCACAUGCACCUGAAAUGUAAGUGCCAUGGUCUGUCUGGAAGCUGUGAGGUAAAAACUUGCUGGUGGUCCCAACCUGACUUCCGAGCUAUUGGUGACCAUCUAAAGGAUAAGUACGACAGUGCCUCUGAAAUGUCCGUGGAGAAACAUCGAGAGUCUAGAGGUUGGGUGGAGACCCUCAGGGCAAAAUAUUCACUUUUCAAACCUCCCACCGAAAGGGAUCUAGUGUACUAUGAGAAUUCCCCGAACUUCUGUGAACCCAACCCAGAGACUGGCUCCUUUGGAACUCGGGGUCGUACUUGCAAUGUGACUUCUCAUGGAAUAGAUGGCUGUGAUCUGCUCUGCUGCGGACGGGGCCACAACACCCGAACAGAAAAACGCAAGGAGAAAUGUCACUGCAUCUUCCACUGGUGCUGCUAUGUGAGCUGCCAGGAAUGUGUGCGGAUUUAUGAUGUCCACACCUGCAAGUGACACAGACACAAGUUUUGAAAACCAACAUGGACAUAACAAAAAAAACAUCUACCAUGGCGACCAAGAUUACAGAUGAGCCGACUAGCCAUCAACUUAUUCAACAUACUUCGACAAUUUAUCUGGAGCACGUUAUUGUUAUGUCUUAGGUUAUCGGACCUGGACAGAGCCAACAGACAGCGGGCAAUCAACUUUUGUGUGGUUGAAACCAGUUGGCAUAAACUAGAUGCCUAAAACAUAUAUCCAAAACGCAGAUUAAGUAAACCGUACAGUUCUAUCCAAUAUCUCUAAAACAAUGACGAGCAAUAGCGGAGGGGACCAUUAGGAAGAGGCCGUGCCUGGGAACCCAAGUUUCAACUUUAUCCAUUGCUCCUUGCCAACAGCACGUCCAACAUCAGAUAGUCCGUCCAAAGCUUUCCAUCACAUUCAUACAAAUGUUCGAAUUUUAUAUUCACAAUCAUUUUUUUUUAAAUAUUAUUUAUUAUGCAAUGUGUAUAUAUCCUAUAUGAGUU